CGAUUCCUCACUCCUCAAACCACCACGACCAUCUCUUCGACCACCAAAACAUCCACCUAUCUGCGUCCUCGACCAUCCUUUACCACCCACACUCGUUCAGGCAACAACUUUCGAUCGUCCCCGAAACUUCUUCUCAAACACCUUUUAUUCCUUUCUCACAUUAUUUCAUUCUUUGUCGAUCGUUACCCUACCCCUUUGCCGACAGAGGCCCUUAGGAACCUGCUAUCCACUCGUCUGUUAUUCUUUUCUUAGCCUCCAGUCACAAGAUAUUCGCCUCCCACCUUCUGUCGAUUGAUCGGCGACUGUGGUUGUUUGCCUCUCUGGCUUUCGAUUGUUCCUCCAUCCGACACACGCCAUUGCAGACCCAACGAGUGUCGAGAGACAUACAACAUUCCGCACGCACGCGAUCUCAAGUGCACAGCCCUCCUGUGCUCGGAUCAAUCCUCAACCCAGCCUGCGCCUGGACUUUCGACCUCACUCGCAGUCUGCCCUCUAUUGGCCACUCCCUCGACUAUUUUGUGCGCGUCGACUUGAUCGCGCUGGCAUCCCCUUAACGAGAAACGCCGCUGCCGUUUGCUGACCCUUCAUGCCCUCAUACGGAUCACUACACUCUCCCUCGUUAAAGAAAAACAACAUGUUGGAAGCUCGAAGAGGAGGUCGAAUUGAUUUCGGCUAUAUUGUUGGCGAUCCCUUUGCUUUGGCUACCAUCUCCAUUGGUUUGCUUGCGUGGUUGAUCGCGUUCAUCGCGUCCAUCAUCGCCAAUAUUCAAGACCCCUUCCCCAAAUAUGCCUGGUGGACGGUUGCCUACAUGCUGUGCUGCAUUGUCGGCAUUACAAUAGUUUUUGCUACGAACUCCACAAGCACAUACAGUCUCGCGAUUGUUGGAUACCUCGCGGCUGGGCUCGUCAUGACAACAUCUGCAGUGAAUUCGCUCGUCUAUCAACCACAGGGCGCCAUGGAAGCCGCUGCUGCUGGCCACAUUCUGCUCUCCAUGGUUGCGAUCAUCUGGAUUUUCUACUUCGGUUCCACCCCGGCCGCGGCCCAUCGCGAGUUCAUUGAUCAGUUUGCCCUGCACAAAGAACGCCAAUCUUUCCGUGGGCCUCCGCAAAGCAUGACCAAUGUUUAUGAUCGCCCACAGACGACCGCUUCUGCUCAGCCUCCUCAAAUGUACACAUCUGCGCAGCUAAGCGGCUUUGAGACCUCUUCUCCUGUUUCGGGAUACCCAGGCGGACCUGCAGGAGCGGCGGCCCGAGCCUCUGCACAACCCGCUGUCAACACCAGCAGCACCCCCGCUCCAGCUCAAGAAGUCAGCCCACCCACGGAGUACCCGUACCGCGCCAAAGCCAUUUACAGUUAUGAGGCGAACCCAGAUGACGCGAAUGAGAUCAGCUUCAGCAAACACGAGAUUCUAGAAGUGUCUGAUGUAAGCGGCCGGUGGUGGCAGGCCAAGAAAGAAAAUGGCGAAACGGGUAUUGCACCGAGCAACUACUUGAUCCUGUUAUGAAACCACACACAUCCAGUUUAAAAAAGAUCUCAGGAGAGGUUGUCGCUAUGAAUGAUGGCCGGUUACCAUCGAGGUUCUCGACAUCACACUAAUGACCGGAUUUUGAUGACAUUGUACCUUUUCUCCUUCUGUGCACAUGACUUUCUGGACUCUAUGGAGCUGCAGCAUGCAACCUCGAAACAGCAUUGAUCAGCACCAUACGAAACGCAAGCUUGUGCGUGCUCGAUACCUUCCCCUGGUUAAAUGGACCCGAUACAAAGGAAGGCAUUGGAAUCUACGGGUUGGCAAUAAGGGCUUUUGUGUUUUGUUCUUUCUCACCUGGGCGAUGAAUCGAACGGUAUGGAUAUGCCCGCAGGGGCUUGUACAGGCGUCAUGGCGCAAACUCGGAUGGGGGCGAAGUGGUAUGAGCGACGGUGGGCUCUGCCAACUGCAGGGAUUUGGAGCAGGACUGGGCCUGGAAUACCCCAACAUUUCAUUUUUCUUUCCGAUCUAACUGGACUAUGACGACGGCACCCGACAUGGCCCGUCUGGUUCGGGAUCAGAGUCGGUUUUGGAAGCAUACCAUGUGUCGACACUUGGGCGGAUGGUACGUGACUGAAAGAGCUUGGGUUUUUGAACUUUACGAAUCGCGAGACCGCAGAUUUUUCCAUGGUCAAAACGAAACGAAUCGUGAUUGAGCUACUUGUUUUUAGCAGGAAAGAGUCGAUCGAUAUUUGAGCGAUGAGACGAGCAGUAAGAGCAGAUAGCCAGAAAGAAAUAACACAGGAUUACAGUAUGGGGACUGACCUGUCAUGUA